AUGGACGUGAACCUUAAAACCCUCCCGGGGCUCAUUAAAAAGCAGUUCACCAAUCGUGAGGAGCGGGCUCCAAAGGAAGAGCUGGACAUGGAGGGUUUUGACCGAGGGGCAUGGAAUGCCGACACGAAUGAUUUUCAAUUCAUUUGGUUUGGGCAUUCCGUGGGGCUUAUGAAAAUGAAUGGGAAGAACCUGCUGAUUGACCCCAUGUUUGGCGAUGAUACUUCACCGGUAGGACCGUUCCGGACUAAACGCUAUACGGACAGUACUUUACAGAUCAUAGAUCAACUCCCGGCAAUUGAUGCCAUAUGUAUUACCCAUGACCAUUAUGAUCAUCUGGACUAUAGCAGUUUUCAAAAGCUACACGGCAAAGUAAGACAUUAUUACGUGCCAUUAGGGGUGAAACGGCAUUUACUGCGGUGGGGUGUGCCGGAUGAGAAAAUUACUGAAAUGGAUUGGUGGGACACGGUUCGCCUGGAUGACAUUGAAAUGACCUUUGUGCCCUCCCGUCAUUUUUCCGGACGAGGCCUGUUUGACCGGGCCAAAAGCCUUUGGGGAGGCUGGGCAUUUAUCAGUGAUAAGCAUAGAGUGUAUUGGAGCGGUGAUGGCGGUUACGAUACCCAUUUUAAGGAGAUCGGUGAAAAGUUGGGCCCUUUUGACUGGGCCUUUGUGGAAUGCGGACAGUAUAAUAAACUGUGGCAUCACAUCCACAUGUAUCCUGAGGAAUCGGUACAAGCCUCUAUUGACGUAAAAGCCAAAGUGAGCAUUCCCAUCCAUUGGGGUGCCUUUACCCUGGCGCUGCACAAUUGGAAAGACCCGGUGCAACGUUUUUCAGAAGAAGCUGCGCAAAGGGGAGUGUCCAUUACCAUGCCGGAACUGGGUGAGGUAGUACGCUUUAAAUCUACGGAUAGUGAUGAUUUCUGGUGGGAACGGCAAUACUAUGGAGAUUCUGAUGCAGUGAUCCACCAGAAAAUACGGGAAGCCUUAAGUAAGGGCUUGCGUCCUGUUUUUUGUGUGGGCGAGCAAUUGAGCGAGCGCCAGAGCGGUAACCAGGAGCAGGUAGUACAUGUGCAACUGGAAAACGGGCUGGAAGGCAUUCCGGCUUCCGAUAUGGAAAAGAUUAUCAUUGCCUAUGAACCCGUUUGGGCCAUUGGCACCGGAGAAACAGCCAGCCCUGAACAAGCCGAAGAAAUGCACGCCAGUAUUCGCACCCGCAUAGCUUCCCUGUACGGUAAAGAGCUGGCCGCAAACACCGCCAUUCUUUACGGUGGCUCUGUAAAGCCGGAUAAUGCCAAAGAAAUUUUUGGCAAACCCAACGUCAACGGGGGUCUUAUUGGCGGAGACUUUAAGCCGGAUGAUUUGAAAGAACUCCACAUCUUCAACAGCGGUGAGUUUGCCAUCAGUUAUGAAACAGACCGCCUGGAAAAUAAAAACUGGAACGAAGAAUGGGAGACCUUUUACGAACCUAUUGACAUUGACGGGCAGGUGUAUAUCUAUGCACCAUUUCAUCAAAAACCAGAGGGUUACCCCUAUUUGAUCGAGAUCAUGCCCAAGAUGUCAUUCGGUACCGGGCAUCAUCAAACCACUCGGUUGAUGUCGCGGUUAAUGCUUAGCAUGAACCUGGAGGGUAAAUCCGUGCUGGACAUGGGCACCGGUACCGGUAUACUCGCCAUUUUAGCGUCUAUGCGGGGUGCUGAAAAAGUGCUGGCUAUUGAUAAUUUUGAGUGGGCGGUGGAAAAUACCAGCGAGAAUGCGGAGCGGAAUAACUGUUCCAAUAUUAGCGCAAAACACGGAGAUGCCGAAUUGCUGAAAGGUCUGCACUUUGAAACCGUAUUGGCCAAUAUUAACCGCAACGUAUUGGUAGAAGACAUGAAAAUCUACAUUGACACGUUACCCAUGGGGGGAGAACUGGCUCUCAGUGGUUUUUUUAAAGAUGAUUUUCAUGUGUUGGAUGAUGAGGCAACCGCAUACGGUAUGGAACUUGUCAAUAAAGUACAGGAAGACCGGUGGUUAGUCCGGGAAUUCCUUAAAGAUUCAGAUGCCGAUAAAGAUGAGGAACUGGAACCCCUUUUGUUGGAUUUUACCACGGUGUGGACCAGUGGCGGUAUUUCCGACAAGGAGGCUGAUCAGGUUUAUAAGAUCAGUAAUAACUUCCUUAAAAAAAGGAUUAAUGAAUAUGAGCAGUGGAACUGGUUUCUGCGCACACUGAUCCACAUUGAAAGCAAUGAAGAAGAAAAACUCUUGCUGCCCUGGCUGGAGGAUCUCGAACAGCUCUCUGACAAAGAAAAAUCCAGCACUACAUCAGAUUAUCUGCGCACCAGCUACCAGAUGUUUUACAACCUGGUAAUGUUUGAUGACGGCCGUAUUACCUGGCGCCUGGCCAGCGGUGGCUAUACGUUUAGUUUUGACGGUGAGCCGGUAUUUGAUUUUGAUGGUGUGGAUAUUUGGGGAAAAUACAAGGGCGACAGCACCCGUAUUGAAGGUACCGUGGCGCGCUUUUACCCACGCAAAUAUUUAGUAGAAGGCAACGGAGGGUAUGUAUACUUUGUACGGGCCGGUUUAAGUGAAGACUCGGCUUAUGCGGAGCUUUCUGAUUACCGGAUCAACGUUACCAAAACCGAUUUUCAGGCCGACAGUGUAAAACUCACCACCCUUAUUUUCCUGAAAGAACCUACUAUGGGCUUUUUCGAGGAAAAGCUCACCAGUGUAGGGGGACGUGGAGGAGGUACCUUUCCCCGUUUUACCUCUUACAAUCAGAACAUUGUGAUCAAAGACAUUGUGCCGGGGGCUGAUUUUGAAGGUGGUUUUGCCGUGAUUGGUUCUAAAUUUUAUGGCGGAGGCUCUGACUCUGUACCUGCGCGUUUCAGCUUCAAUUAUAAAGAUCAGAAGAUCAUUUCUACCGAAGCUGAUCGUUUUUUGCUGCGCACCGACAAAAUUGAAAGUGAACAAGUAGCCCUUACCGUUAAGCUGGAUGAAGACAGCAUUUACCACCCCAAGGUAACCAUGCGCUACCUGGCUGAAACCGGUCAGCUGAAUAUUGUGCGCAAAGACGAAGGUCUUGGACAAACCCCUUUUUCCGACUCCUAUCAUAAUAUGGAUAUGGCUUUUGAGGUGCUCACCUGGAAUAAUGGUGACCCGCAAAUGAAAUUGGGUAACCUGAACCUGGGUACCGAGACUCCGGUGAUUUUUGAGUCUAAGAAUUAUUACCGCGGAAACCGAUUUGACCAGUUGCGGGGCCUGAAUGACCGCAGCCCGCUCUACCAGCUUCGUGAUAUGGUGAACGCCUACAAUAAGGAAACGUUUACCAAUGAAGAGGUGUCCCGCUUUAUGCGCAUGGAUAGUCGUAACGCCCACAUCUUCAUGAUGCAGAUGUCCGUAUUUGGUUUUGUGCAGUACGACCUGGAUUCAAAAACAGGAACGGUACAGGACAAGGUGUUUAACUACAUCGCCAAUUACGAGAAAAAACGGGAUUAUGACGUAAUUCAGUUUGUAUCCAACCUCUCCCAGGGCAAUAAUGCCACCAUCAGCCUUGAAGAUUACGAUAUGGAGAUCAAUGGUAUCAAUACCAUUGCCCUUAGUGAUUCACAGAAAGUACGCCUCUUUCCCUAUGACAAUAAGAUUGUGGUGCAUAAGGGCCUCAACUUUGAUUUUGACGGUAAGGUGGUAGCCGGGCGUUUCAGUUAUUGGGGAGAACUCUUUGAAUUCAAUUACGAUGACUUCCGUAUCAAUAUGGAGAAUGUAGACUCUAUGCGCUUUAAGGUAGAGAGUUUUGAAACCAACCGUUUAGGGCAACGCUCACUGGUAGACGUAAAAACCGUAUUGCAGGAGCUUACCGGAGAGCUGCUGAUUGAUGAGCCGCAGAAUAAAAGUGGUCAGCAGACCUAUGACCAGUAUCCUAUUUUCCGCAGUGCCAAGGACUCCUACAUCUACUACGACAGAAAAGAUAUUUUUAGUGGAGUGUAUAACCGCGAAGAAUUUUUUGUGCGGCUGGAACCCUUUGAGAUUGACAGCCUGGACAAUAUUACCACCCAGGGUCUGAAGUUUGAGGGCACCUUUACCAGUGCCGGUAUUUUCCCCGAUUUACAGCAAACCAUUAAAGUACAACCCGAUUACUCCCUUGGUUUUACUACCGAAACGCCUCCCAAUGGCCUGGCGGCCUACGGGGGUAAAGGCACCUUUACCAGUAAGCUCAGCCUGAGUAAUAAAGGCUUGCGUGGUGAUGGACGUAUUGAUUACCUGAACUCGGUGGCCAAUUCCGAAGAGUUUUUCUUCUUUCCGGAAAAAGGAGACUUUUACCUGAACGAUCCGGCUGAUUACUUCAGCUUCCCCGCCAAUAAAUACAUCUGCUAUAUGGACUAUGCCCAAUGGCAGAUCCCGCAAAAAGCGGUUGACGUGAAAAAACAGGGAGCCGAAGCGUCUUCAGAAAUGGUGUCUGUGCACCCGCGUCAGGAUUCGCUGCGCUUCCAGGCCGGGUACACCAAGUUUUACCUGGAAAGCUCCUUGCUCAAAUCCUUUAAGGUACCCAACAUAAACGUGGCUGACGCCAGCAUAUUCCCCGAUACCGGCUAUGUGGAAAUUGAGCAGAACGCGAAAAUGCGUACGCUCACCAAUGCCGCUAUUACCGCUAACCGCACUACCGAAUUCCAUAAGUUUUACGGCUUGCAGGCCGACAGAAAGGCACUGGCCUUUGACGGCUACACCCACAUUGAAUCCAAUUGCGAGGCUGUUACCACAGACUGGUUUAAUUUUGAGUCUGUUGUAGACCCGGAUAAUAUUAUCAUUGACUUGCCCUACGUAGAUCCUGAUGAUAAGACCAAAAACCUGAAUAACGGGGUAUUUCUGGCUUCCGAUACCAUCAGUGGGUAUGCCGCCUUCCUCAGCAAGCGUGUGUCAGCCGCAGAUAAGGAAAUGUUCUUUGCCAAUGGCAAGCUCUAUUAUGAAGAAUCACUUGGUGCUUACGUUAUCGUAAACGCAGAAAAACUGGACGACCCAACCGCCCCUGGUAACUACCUGUCCUUUAAUAAUACAGCCUGCGAGAUGCACGGUGAAGGCGCUAUGAGCAUUGGGGAUGACCGCAGCCAGAUGAACAUCAACAGCUGGGGUAAUAUUGAUUACAAUCUGGAAACGGACGAUAUGGUGCUCGACAUGGUGCUGGGUUUGGAUUUCUUCUUUAGUGAUGAUGUGCUCAAAGAGAUGGCUUCCAUCAUUAAUAAGGUAACCCUGCUGGAAGGAACCGAUCUCAACCGCAAGGCUUUCCAGGUGUCGGCUGAUGAGCUGCUGAAGCCCAAGGAUAAAAAGAAAUUCUUUGAUGCCAUUGCCAAUUACGGGGCCCCGGAAGAGUUUCCUGAUGAAUACGAGAAUACGGUUUUACUUACCGAUAUAACCCUGGAAUGGGUGCCGGAAGCCAUAUCCUUCCUGUCCAGUGGUGAUAUUGGGGUGGGCGCCCUGGGCAAAUACCCGGUAAACAAAAAGAUGAAGGGCCUCAUGGAGAUCCAGCGCAAGCGCAGGGGCGAUGAAGUAUACCUCUACCUGGAGGUAGACCGCAGCACCUAUUUCUACUUUGAAUACAAACGGAACCAAUUGGUGUUUUACACCAGUGAAGAGCCGCUUAUGGACCUGAUCAAAGAACUGGAUCUGAAAAAACGCAGGGAAGAGGUAAAAGGUAAGCCACCCUUUACCUAUACCAUCGGUACCCGGGGUAAGAUGGCUGCGGUAUUCCUUAAAAAGGAACUGAGCAAGCUGAUAGAUCGCCCUAUGUUUGCGCCUCACAUCACCACCAUAGAGGAUUUUUUACUGGAAAACCUGGAAUGGCAGCAGGAGGAAAAUGCCAACCUGAUCUUUAAACUGUACCAUAAUUAUCAAGAGCUGCCGCUGGAAAAGAAAGACAGCUUUUCCGACUUUGUAAAAUGGGCGCCCACGCUGCUGGCCGAUUUUAAUGAGCUGGACCGCCACCUGGUACAAGCCAAAGACCUCUUUGGCUACCUGGCGGAUGUAAAACGGAUAGAGCAGUGGGACCUUACACCCGGUGAAACCGCGGAUACCCCUAUGGUGCGGGAGUACCUGCACUUUUGGGAAAACCUGCCUGCCCUCUACCACAACUUUACCACACAACUCAGGGAAGCAAAGCGGGUAUAUCAAGGGUUGGCCUAUCGUGAGAUGGCGUUGCGUAUGGCCGACAAGAUACCUGAAAUUCAGCAGCGUUACAGCCAGCUUUACUUUGCUGGUUUCAGCGCCCUUAACCAGGCUGAGGAAAGCAUCUUCCUGCAAUUGUAUGAAGCGGAUCUGGCGGAAUUCUACUGGGAUAUUGACCGUUACUACUAUAAGGAUGAAAUGCACGAAGCCGGCAAGUUCCUGCGGCAAAGCAAGCUCCUGAAACGCAUUAAAGAAGAUGAUCGCCUGCAUUGGCUGGAAGACAACCUGGCUCAGCAACCCAAAAAGAUUACCGUAAAGGCGGUAUCCGGCAAUACCCUGCAAAUGAUGACCGCCAACGCCAGCAUUGUAGAAUACCUGGAUGGAAAUCUGGAAGACAUUGCCCUGGUAAUGGCUGAUGAGAGCCUGCUUCAAACCUUUCUGAACCACCUGGCGGAGCCCAUUGAAAAGCUCAAUGUAACCAUGGGGCUGCCCAUGAAGAAUGCUUCCAUUUCCGGUUUCUUCCGUAUUAUCUGGGAGAUGCAGACGCAUUAUGAGAGCAAGGCGGUAAAAGACCGUAACGGGAACCCUGCUUUUUACCACCAGAAGUGGAACGAUCUGCUGGCGCAUCCGCUUUGGGCGCGUAUUCACCCGGAACCUGAACAUAUUGAACGGUGGCGCACCCGGAUCCGUGAACAGAAUAAAGUGUUUAUUGCUGCGGCUGAGCUGGAACAGUGGACGGAGGAGCAACUACCUGCUGAGGUAAAAGCCCUCUUUGCCGAUUACCGCCAAAAACCCGAACAAUUUUGCAAUGCCGUAGCUCGCUUUUGCGAAUGGCUAAAGGAGCGCCUGGAAGACCGGAGCUUUAACGUACACAUACUCUUUUCCUUUUUCAAACUCUUCCGGCAGCUGGCCAAUCUUUUUACGGCUCAUGAUGUAGCCACCGACCUGAAAACGGCUCACCACUUUUACCGCGAACUCCUCGCCACCGAAACCAUUGACUUACGCGGGGAGCCGCUUAGCGGAUUGCAGGUAAUGGGAAUGCUGGAAACCCGUACCCUUGAUUUCCGAAACCUGGUGCUUACCAGUAUUAAUGAAGACAUACUACCCAAAGGGCGCAGCCAGAACAGUUUUAUUCCCUUUGAUAUCAAAACCAAAUUUGGCCUGCCCACCUACCUGGAUAAGGACGCCAUUUUUGCCUAUCACUUUUACCGCCUGCUGCAAAGGGCUGAGAAUAUUACUCUCAUUUACAACAGUCAGAACAGUGGUUUGGGAGGAGGAGAGCCCAGCCGUUUUAUAGCGCAGCUGGAAUACGAACUGAUCCGUAUGAACCCCAACAUUCAGUGGGAGCGCCAAACCAUUUCAGGCCGGGUACGCCUGGAGCGCGAAAAGGAAAAGGUGGUGGAAAAGAGCGAGGCUGUUAUGGAGCGGCUCAGGCAAAUGGCGAGCAGGGGCAUAUCACCCACCGCACUCAUUGAUUACGUGAACAAUCCCCUCCAUUUUUAUUAUCGCAGAGUAUUGGGUAUUGACGAUGCCGAUGAGGUGGAAGAGGUGAUCGGGUACAACACCCAGGGUUCUGUGCUGCACGAGAUACUGGAAGAUUAUUAUUCUGAGAAUGAAGACCGUGCACAGGGGCCGGUACAAAAGCUGAACACUGAGCUACCCGCCUUCCAGCGUAAGGAAGCAGAAUUGCGCAAAGAAGUGGUGAAACGCCUGCGGGAAAUGGGUUUGCCCGAACUCAAUAAAGGCAAGAAUCUGCUGAUCCGCGAAGCGCUUACCAGUAUGCUGCGCAACUUUUUGAACAGCGAGAAAAUGCAACUUAAAGCAGCUGAAGAACGGGGAGAACACGUAGAGAUCAUAGCCCUGGAAAAAGAACUGACGGCCCACCUCACGUUAAGCAGCGGACAAGUGGUAAAAAUGCGUGGUAUUGCGGACCGUAUUGACCGCUGGAACCGGGAGGUCCGUGUAACGGAUUACAAGAGCGGAGGCGUGGAAGCCCGCGACCUGAAGUUCUAUACCAUGGACGAGCUCAGGCAACCGGAAACGAAAAACAAGUCUUUACAAUUGAUGACUUAUGCAUAUCUCUUCCUGAAGAACAAUCCCGGAGUGGAGCACGUAGGUACGGUAACCGAUCAGAACUCCGGCAACGUUCUUCCGGGGGUGGUGAUCAGCAUUGAGCGCAACGGGCAGGUGAUCCACUCCAUUGAAACCGAUGGACAGGGUAGUUUUAACCUCAGCUAUGAAGCUCCCUACGUACGUUCCGAUGAAUUAAAGGUGAGCAUUUUCAAGAAGGGCUAUAAGGUACUGAAGAUGAAAACCCUCCAAUGCGAGAAGGAUGAACUGCUCAUCCAGCUGGAGAAAAAGCCUAAGUUUGUUCCGCUUAUCCUGCCCGGUGUGCGCGGAGCCACCAAUUCGGUGUUGCAGCUUAGUGCAGAUGAAAAGCAAAGAGGCGUAGCCACCCAUUCCUCCGGCAACCACGGGCAGUCGCUGGCCUGGGCCGCCCGUGAGGCAGGCGUGCCCGCCUGGAUUGUGAUGCCCUCCAAUGCCCCGCAGGUAAAAAAGAAUGCCGUAAAAGCCUACGGUGCCACCGUAGUAGAAUGCACGCCUACCCUGGAAGCGCGCGAAAGCACGCUCCGAAAAGUGCAGGAUGAAACCGGGGCCGUUUUCAUACCGCCCUAUAAUGCCAUCCGCACCAUUGAGGGGCAGGCUACCUGCGCCAAAGAACUGCACCAGCAGAUCUCCGG